AAUAAAUUCCGUAUGAUAUGUUCCGUAUGUUUGGCUUUUCCAGUGAAAUCCAUACGGGACAAGGAGGAACAAUAGGGCUUUGCAAAAUAAAUCUUUUUCACCUGGAAAGCUGAGGGAAAAAUUGUGAAAAGGGGGCCAGGUGGAAAAUAGAUUACAUAGUGCCCGUAGGAUGUGAAGGUGUGCUGAUGUACAUAGAGAGAGAUGGGGAAGAAACGAAGAAGAAAUGUGUCAAGUGAUUAAUUUAUCAUCCAUGGCUUUUUGUCCAUGUUGUGGACAAGAGUGGAAUUUUCCGGGAAAAUCGAGAGAGAAAAAACUGUAUUGGUGCUAGAGCAGCAUCCUUAGUGUUGAAGGAAGUGACGCAGAGGAAGGAUAAAAAUUGGGAGUUUGCUCAUCAGAAUGAUGCGUCUUAAUUUAAAAUUCAUUCUGGGACUCCUCUGUCUUCUUGUUCUGGUCACAUUCUCCUUGUGGACACAGUGCGGAGACUCAGCACUGGGUAGGAGUCUUGUCCCAAAGUGGGAUCAGAGAUCCUAUGCAGGGGGUAACCAGCAGCCUGAACAGACGGAAGAGAUAGACUGCUUUAUUAAUCAGGAAUACAAAAUUAGUUGCCGGAAGGAGGGCGAUGAGGUCUACUUGCCCUUUUCGUUUCUGCACAAAUACUUUGAGGUCUAUGGCUCCCUUAGCACUGUGGACGGUACCACGAGAUUCGACUGGGCACAUAGCUAUGGAAAGGUCAAUUAUCCGAAGGGUGUCUACGACCCCAGAGGCAUUUUCAUGUACUUCGAAAACUACAACGUUGAGAUGAGGGAUCGCGUGAAAUGUAUUACAGCUUCCGAGGGUGUUCCCAUAUCGACACAGUGGGAGAGUCAAGGGUAUUUCUACCCCACGCAAAUUGCUCAGUUUGGCUUAUCGCACUACAGCAAAAAUCUCACGGAACCCGAACCACGGAGGAAGAGCGUGGAAGAUGCGGAUAAGAAUUACGGUGAGUGGCAUAUCCCACAGGGUAGUGUCUUCCGGAGGCAUUUUGAUGGGCGAAUUUCCAGUAUGGUGGUGCAAUUUUCAACGGGGCCACAUAUGGAGAGUGCUGUGAGCCUCCCAAUGGACCAUGUGUUGGAUUUGGUGUUGAGUUUGGAUGUGCAAUUGCGCAUCAAUAGUACAUUUUCCGUCUCACUGCAGCAUCGUGAGACAAAGAAAGACUUUCACAUCCACUACAUUGUGUCGGAUUUAAUGCUCAGUACACAAGAUGAGAAUAUUUACUAUGGGUUGGGUACAGCGGGGUUGGAUAGUAAUGGUACAAUGGCAUGGAAGCACCUAACGCGCGAUCUGCUGGUGGAUCUGCAGAAAGGUGUACCAAAUGGUCUAGUUCCAGGCACCGAGAAGAGACAUAAACUACGUCGAACGGAAAUUCGAAUAACAAAACUCUCCUUCCUCGGGGCUGGGGCCUUUGAUAAUAUCACUCUGUCCACGAGUGAGCACAUAGCACACUUCUACGAUGCAGCUGAGUGGUUUGUUCGGCAUCAGGAUGCCACAACGGGUGGAUGGUCGAAUUCCGUGAGAAGACGACUGGGUUCGGGGUUUGCUGAGCUACCCAUUGGUUGGUACUCAGCCAUGGGACAGGGUCAUGCAAUUUCCCUCCUAGCACGUGCCUACUACCAUUCCCGGGGCGAUACACGCUUCCUCCGUGCUGCCCUCGAUGGGCUGAAACCCUUCCGGGUGCCAUCGUAUCAGGGUGGUGUUCUCGCAACAUUCCUAGGGAAGUAUGCAUGGUACGAAGAGUACCCCACGUCACCGCCCUCAUUUGUCCUCAAUGGCUUCAUCUACUCCCUCCUGGGUCUCUAUGAUCUCAACUGUACAGCCCCACAGGGACAUAGUGCCGAAGCUGGGGUACUCUUUGAUCAGGGUAUGACUUCAUUGAAGCACAUGCUGCUGCUCUACGACACAGGGUCCGGUACAAGCUAUGAUUUGCGCCAUUUCACCCUUGGUAUUUCCCCCAAUCUUGCCCGGUGGGACUACCAUGCAACCCAUGUUAAUCAACUCCUACUCCUUGCCACGAUCGACAGAGAUCCCAUCAUUGAGCAAACAGCCAAAAGGUGGCAAGGCUACAUGGUAGGGAAACGUGCCCAGCACAACUGAUUUAUAUCGAAAGAUUUAAUUCUAUUCAACUAUUGGUGGGAUCAAGGAUUGAUUCAAAAAGUACCAUAAUACUCUAUUCUCAUGAAGACAGCAUUUUAGCUGCGCUAGGAGCUAGGUUACGUCUUAACGUGAAUAGAGGAUAGAAUGAGUAUCUUGGGGUCAAUGCUUCUUAAACUUACUUAAAGAAGUUUAAGAAUAUUGUUUUCUUAAUAAUCUUUUCUUUAAAUCAUUAAGUUUGCAAUAAAAAAUAUGAAAAAAAUAAAA